CGCCAGCCCCUUAGAAAAGGAGGAUGGGGGUGGAGACUGAGGUGUGAUUACCUAUUCUAGGACCCAGCCCUUCCUCCUGCUCAGGUCUUACCUUCCCUCCUCCCUAACCCUCCUAGUCUAGCCUCUCUGGGAACCCAGUUUCCCCAUCUGCCUGCCAGUAUCUUCUCUGGAUUGGUAUGAAUGCUCUGGGUAGGAAGGAGCUGUUCAAUAAGGCAGAGAUGCUGUUCUCUCCAACAUAAAUCUGUGAGAUCUGGAGCCAUGGAGCUGCUUAUCCUGUUGUCUUUGCUGCUGAUAUUGUUAGGAGUUGGAAAUGCUGACAUGGAAGGACACUUUGAUCCUGCCAAAUGCCGCUAUGCCUUGGGUAUGCAAGACCGAACCAUUCCUGACAGUGACAUCUCAGCUUCUAGUUCCUGGUCAGACUCCACUGCUGCUCAGCAUAGCAGAUUAGAGAGCAGUGAUGGAGAUGGGGCAUGGUGUCCUGCAGGGCCUGUGUUUCCAAUGGAAUCAGAAUACUUGCAGGUGGAUCUUCGACGGCUACAUUUGGUGGCCCUAGUGGGGACCCAAGGACGACAUGCUGGGGGGUUGGGCAAGGAAUUUUCUCCUAGUUACCGACUAAGAUACUCCCGUGAUGGUCACCGCUGGAUGGACUGGAAGGACCGAUGGGGCCAAGAGGUGAUCUCAGGGAAUGAGGACACUGGUGGAGUGGUGUUGAAGGACCUGGGACCCCCCAUGGUGGCCCGUCUUGUCCGAUUCUACCCCAGAGCUGACAGAGUCAUGAGUGUCUGUCUUCGAGUGGAAUUAUAUGGAUGCCUCUGGAGGGAUGGACUGCUCUCCUAUACAGCUCCUGUGGGGCAGACUAUGUACCUGGCCGAGGCUGUGCAUCUCAAUGAUUCAACCUAUGAUGGACACACAGUGGGCGGAUUGCAAUACGGAGGCCUGGGCCAACUGGCAGAUGGUGUGGUGGGGCUGGAUGACUUCAGGCAGAGCCAGGAGCUUCGAGUAUGGCCAGGCUAUGAUUAUGUAGGAUGGAAUAACAACAACUUCCCCAAUGGUUAUGUGGAGAUGGAAUUUGAGUUUGAUUGCCUGCGGGUCUUCCAGACUAUGCAGAUCCACUGUAACAAUAUGCAUACCCUGGGUGCCCGUCUCCCUGGUGGGGUAGAGUGCCGCUUCAAGCGAAGUCCAGCCACAGCCUGGGAGGGAGAGCCAGUAUAUCAAGCCUUAGGAGGAAGUCUAAGGGACCCCAGAGCCCGGCCUGUAGUUGUGCUCUUGGGGGGCCACGUAGGUCGAUUUCUGCAGUGCCGCUUCCGUUUUACUGGGUCCUGGCUGCUCUUCAGUGAAAUCUCCUUCCUUUCUAAUGUUGUGAAUGAAUCCUCUCCAGCUUUGGGUAGCACUCAACCACCUGCCCCUUGGUGGCCUCCAGGUCCAGUUUCUACCAACUUCAGCAGCUUGGAGCUGGAGCCUCGGGGACAGCAGCCUGUGACCAAAGCAGAGGCCAGCCCUACAGCCAUCUUGAUUGGCUGCUUGGUAGCCAUCAUCCUGCUGCUACUGCUUAUCAUUGCCUUCAUGCUUUGGAGGCAGCACUGGCGCAGGCUGCUUGGCAAGGCGGAGCGACGCGUAUCAGAGGAAGAGCUGACAGUUCAUCUCUCUGUCCCUGGGCAUACUGUACUUAUCAACAACCGUCCAAGACCUCAAGAACCACCCCCUUACCAGGAGCCUCGGCCCCGUGGGAACCCACCUCAUACUGUUUCCAGUGCCCCUAAUGGCUCUGUGAUGCUGCUCUCCAAUCCAGCCUACCGCCUCCUCCUGGCUACUUACGCCCGUCCCCCCCGAGGCUUUGGCCCCCCUACAUCUGCCUGGGCCAAACCUACCAACACCCAGGCCUGCCAUGGAGAUUACAUGGAACCAGAGAAGCCAUGUGCCCCGCUGUUGCCUCCACCCUCUCAAAGCAGUGUCCCCCACUAUGCUGAAGCUGACAUCAUCACUCUCCAGGGUGUUACUGGGGGAAAUACCUAUGCUGUCCCUGCACUACCUCCAGGGGCUACAGGUGAUGGCCCUCCCCGAGGGGAUUUCCCCCGAUCCCGGCUCUACUUCAAGGAGAAGCUAGGUGAAGGCCAGUUUGGGGAGGUGCAUUUAUGUGAAGUGGAAAGUCCCCAGGAUCUGCUCAAUUUAGAAUUCCCCCUCAAUGUGAGAAAGGGCCGCCCCUUGCUGGUGGCUGUCAAAAUCCUUCGCCCUGAUGCCACAAAGAAUGCCAGGAAUGAUUUCCUGAAAGAGGUGAAGAUCAUGUCAAGGUUGAAGGACCCCAAUAUAAUUCGACUGCUAGGAGUGUGUAUCCAGGAUGACCCCCUCUGUAUGAUUACUGACUACAUGGAGAAUGGUGAUCUUAAUCAGUUUCUUAGUGCCCACCGGUUAGAGGACAAAGCUGUAGAUGGCAGCCCAGGAGAUGGGGGAGCCAUUCAGGGGCCCACCAUCAGCUAUUCAAUGCUGCUUCAUGUGGCAGCCCAGAUUGCCUCUGGGAUGCGAUACCUUGCCACACUCAAUUUUGUGCACCGGGAUCUAGCCACAAGGAACUGCUUGGUGGGUGAGCAUUUCACCAUCAAAAUUGCUGACUUUGGAAUGAGCCGAAACCUCUAUGCUGGGGAUUAUUACCGUGUUCAGGGCCGAGCUGUGCUACCCAUCCGAUGGAUGGCUUGGGAGUGCAUUCUUAUGGGAAAAUUCACAACAGCCAGUGAUGUGUGGGCCUUUGGAGUCACCUUGUGGGAGGUGUUGAUGCUGUGUCGAGCUCAGCCUUUUGGGCAGCUUACUGAUGAACAAGUCAUUGAGAAUGCUGGGGAAUUUUUUAGGGACCAAGGCCGUCAGGUAUACCUGGCUCGCCCUGAUGCCUGCCCUUUGGGACUCUAUGAACUGAUGCUUCAGUGUUGGAGCCGAGAACCAGAGGAACGACCUUCUUUUCCUCAGCUACACCGAUAUUUAACAGAAGAUGCCCUCAAUAUGGUGUGAAUCUUGGCACCUACUCUUCAUUUUCCUAUCUACCUUUCUGGCAUGGUUCAAUGAUGGGGACAGCAGCUAUAUCUGGAGAAGAAGUUCUCUUGUUCCCAUAACCUCCCUCCUAACUUUUUUGUCCAUUCCUACAUCUUCUGAUUCCCCAUUCCCAUGAUCUCCGUUGUGCCUCAUCUUAUCCUUUCCUGCCUCUUUCCUCUUGAGCACAAAGCUACCCCGAUGGAAGCAAAGGAAAAGACCGAUUUUUGGCAGGCUGUGUCUGCCGAGGGAGGCGGGGAUUAUAUGAUCUCUUCUCUUUUUGGCCUCUUUUUUUACUCCCUUGUUUUUCUCCCUGCAUCUCUUUCCUUUUUUCAUGCUCUGUCUCUUCUGUUUCCCACUCACCCAGCUGGCCCUGGAAUUGGGAUUUCCUCUGAUCUUUAGCAAUCCUCUGAGGGAGGGCACAAUUGGACUGACAGUCCAAUGUACUGGAAGACACUGGUUUCUGGAGAGAUGGCUGUAAUCUCCACCAAUUCCUCUCUAUUACACACUGGACACAACUGGCAACAAUUUGGUGGAUAACGAGGACAAGGAAUUGGGGAUGGAUAUUUUCUAUCACUUCCCCUAGAAUUUGUCCCUGGGCUCUGUUGUUCACCUUUUUUCAUCUCCCAAAACACUGGACAUAGGGGUUGAUUCACCCCUACUUCUCUAAUUGUCCUAAUUUCCCCUACCCUUCUCCACCCCCACCCCCCAUGUUGUAAAUAGUGCUUGUCUGAAUCUUUAAGUUUCUUUGGAGUAAAUAUUUUGGUUUUGAGGAAGUGGGAUGGGGAGAGGGAAUGUAUCUGGCUCCUGGGUUAAAUGUCUUUAUUAUUGAUAUUGCUUUGGGUUUUCUAUAAUCACUUGGGGUUUGUACAUUGGGGGGUGGAGAGAGACACAGAUUUUUACUAAUAUAUGAACCUAGUUGGAGGAAAUUUUAAUCCCUUGCAGUAGGCAGGCAAUAAAGGUUGAAUUUUCCAAAUUG